GUUUGGUCUUUGUGUUCUGUUGUGGCAGCUCAUUUCCUAGUUCUUUGCAAAUUAGAAAUGUAAUGGGAUGAAAUUCCUAGGUUUUAAACCUGCUGGGCCGUUAACUGGUCGCGAAGUAUUUGUCGAGUCAUCUUUAGUUUGUGGGUGGUAUACCUUUUUAUUUCUUGGGGCACCAUUUUUGUGCUUACUCCUACUAAUGAAUUAUCCAUUAAAUUCGCCUGAGCAUUUAUCCCAUUGUACUUUUAACCCGUAUUUAUCCAGGUUUCGAAGCCUGUGCUGCCUUAGUUUGGUAAAAGUCUUGAGCUUUCUAAGGUUGUUGUGAAGCUCUGGUGUGGUGAAUUAUUAUUAUUUUUUUUGAAGAAAUGGAACACUUCGGGUUUCUGCCAAUGAUAGUUUUGGUAGGAGUAUUCCUUACCGGUUCUGUGUACUCCCGAAGUCCUGCCGUUGUGAACGUUGGUGCAAUUUUUACUCAAAAUUCGGUUAUUGGUAGAGCAGCCAAGGUGGCGAUGGAAGCAGCUGUCUCUGAUGUCAAUGCAGACCCAACAAUUCUCAAAGGGACAAAGCUGAGGUUUAUCACGGAUGAUGCAAAUUGUAGUGUCUUCUUGGGGUCCGUUGGAGCUUUUCGGUUACUUGAGAAAGGGGUAGUGGCGAUAAUUGGUCCACAGUCCUCUGCUAUAGCUCAUAUGAUUUCUGAGAUUGCUAAUGGUCUCCAAGUGCCUCUUGUUUCAUAUGCUGCCACUGAUCCAACACUUUCUGCCCUCCAAUUCCCAUUCUUCCUUCGAAAUACACAGAGUGAUGCCUUCCAAAUGGCUGCUAUGGCUGACUUAAUUGACUUUUAUGAAUGGAAAGAGGUCAUUGCCAUAUUUGUGGAUGAUGACUAUGGGAGAAAUGGGAUAUCUGCUUUAGAUGACGAACUUCACAAGAGGGCAUUGAAGAUUGCUCAGAAGUUGCCUUUGGCUAUCCAGUUUGAUCUAGACAACAUCACUGAUAUGCUUAAUAAAUCUAGAUUGCUCGGACCUCGUGUUUAUGUUGUUCAUGUUGGUCCUGACCCCAAAAUGAGAUUAUUCACCAUAGCUCAAAAACUUCAAAUGAUGACCAGCAACUAUGUAUGGCUUGCGACAGAUUGGCUUUCUGUUACCUUGGAUUCAUUCUCUCCAAUGACUGAAUCUUCACUCCAAAUACUCCAAGGGGUAGUUGGGCUUCGUCAACAUACUCCAGAGUCCAUCCGAAAGAGGGCUUUUGUGUCUCGAUGGGGAAAAAUGCUAGAUGAGGGUUUAGCAAGUUCUGAGCUAAAUACUUAUGGACUCAAUGCCUAUGACACAGUAUGGGCAGUUGCACAUUCAAUCGAUAAUUUUGUAAAAGAACACAGAAAUAUCACAUUCUCUUUUAACGAUAAGUUACUCAAAAUGAACCCGAGUAAAAUUCAGCUGAACAAGCUCAAAGUCUUUGAUGGUGGAUCUAUUCUCCUGGAGAAAUUAUUGGAGACAAGCUUCACUGGUUUAAGUGGUCAAGUACAAUUUAACCAAGAUCGGAACAUUGUAAGUGGUGGUUAUGAUGUUAUUAAUAUUGACCAGAUGGCAGUUCAUAUGGUCGGUUAUUGGUCUAAUUCCUCAGGUUUUUCAGUUUUACCCCCAGAAAAUAUUAAAAGUGAAGAAAACAGUUAUUCCCAUUUGCAUCAGAAGCUUAACAUGGUUACUUGGCCUGGUGGAAGUAUGGAAAGGCCACGUGGUUGGGAAAUUGCAGAUAAUGAGAGACCAUUGAGGAUCGGAGUGCCAAACAGAGCAAGUUUUGUUGAAUUUGCUACCAAACUGCACAACAACCUAAACAUGCAAGGCUACUGCAUUGAUUUGUUCAUUGAAGCACGGAAAUUAGUCCCAUAUGAUGUUCCUUACAGAUUCGAGCCUUUUGGGGAUGGUCACUCCAAUCCCAAUUACGACAAUCUUGUAAAGAUGGUUGCAGAUGAGGCUUGCCUAGAAGAUCUUAAUUGGCAAUUUCUGAGUGUAUGCAACGAAUACAAAUUGAUGACAUUAAACAUGUCUUUUAUACCUUGCAAAAGAGAGGAGGUGUUUGAUGCUGCUGUCGGGGACAUUGCAAUUGUGACAAACAGGACAAAGAUUGUGGAUUUUUCACAGCCAUAUGCUACUACUGGUCUUGUCAUAGUGGCUCCAGUCCGCAAUUCAAAAUCAAGUGCCUGGGUGUUUCUUAAACCAUUUACAGUGGAGAUGUGGUGUGUUACCGCAGCUUCUUUUGUAAUGAUUGCAGUAGUUAUUUGGAUUCUUGAGCAUCGAGUCAACAAUGAUUUCCGGGGCCCUCCUAAGAGGCAGCUUGUUACAAUGUUUCUGUUCAGCUUCUCGACAUUGUUUAAGACAAAUCAGGAAACUACAGUUAGCCCACUUGGACGGAUGGUGAUGGUGGUUUGGCUAUUCCUAUUAAUGGUGGUCACAGCAAGUUACACAGCAAGCUUAACUUCAAUUCUCACAGUUCAGCAGCUUUCAUCACCCAUCACAGGAAUUGAUAGCCUGGUUUCGAGUAACUGGCCUAUCGGGUAUCAAGAAGGUUCCUUUGCUUAUAGCUAUCUGACAGACAAUCUUCACAUACCUAGGUCAAGACUCAUUUCUCUGGGCUCCCCAGAAGCGUAUGAGAGAGCACUACGACUUGGGCCAACUGAUGGAGGGGUAGCAGCUAUUAUAGAUGAGCUUACAUAUGUGGAGUUAUUUCUGUCAAAGCAAACUGAAUUUGGGAUUAUUGGGCAACCUUUUACCAGGGGUGGAUGGGGAUUUGCUUUCAGGAGAGAUUCCCCACUUGCUGUUGACAUGUCUACGGCAAUCUUGAAACUUUCUGAGAAUGGAGGGCUUCAGAAACUCCGUGAGAAGUGGUUCUGUAAGAUGGGUUGUCCAGGAGAGAGGAAAAGGAAUGUUGAGCCUAACCAACUCCACUUGAUCAGCUUUUGGGGUCUAUAUUUGUUAUGUGGUAUCUUCACUCUUGGUGCCUUUGUGGUGUUUCUGCUACUUACGGUUUGCGAAUUCAUACGUUACAAAAAACUGCAGCAGUCUUCUGCUUCAUCCUCAGUUCCAUCAAAGGCUCACUGUUCUCAGGUCAUUUACAUCUUUUUGGGCUUCAUUGAUCAGAAGAAAGAAGCUAUCAAGAAAAAGUCUGCUCAGCCUGUCAAUUCUCAAGGUCAGAUUUAGCGAAUUGAUAUGUAAAUAUAUGCCUUGGGAGGGCUUCAAGGGCUAUGCCCUCUUUAUUUUUUUUUCAGAACAGGUUGAACCAGACGUAGUUUUUGUAGCGGAUUCAGUUGGCAGUGCUUUACUGAAUGCCUAAAAAUGGCCCUUUUUACAGUGUCGAUUCGGUUGAAUGGCCAAGAGCACAAGGUUGGGCCAAGAGCCCAACUUUACUGACAUAUUGCUGAGAAAGCUGGGCUGUUGAUUUUUCUA